AUUAAACUUGUACCGCAACCGUAUCAUUUCAACGCGCGUAGGACUUCCAUUGCAACAAAAAUGGAAUAAAAAUCAAUGUAAAAUAACGAAGAUUGGUUGGAAAUUCAUAUAUUGUAGAUUAAUUAAAAAUCAGAAUUAUAAAAUAAUCAAUACUUGUAUAGAUAUAUAAUGUUAUGCUGUAUUCUAACCUCUUAUUUUUCACGAUUAUUAUUUCUAUAAUUCAAUAAAAAUGCAGAAGUUACAAGAAAGUGUUUUUUCCAUCGUUAAAACGACAAGUUUAUCACCAGCAGUGUUUAGUUUCUUGCAGCCUUCAGAGGACUUAUCAGAUAAAACACCACUUGGUGGGAUACUGAGUGAUACUCGACAUGGAUGGCUAGCUUUGGGUCCCAAAUUCUGUGUUGUAGACCUAAAAUCUGGUCUUAAAGUUGCUGCGAAAACAUUUGGAACUCCAUACAGUAAUUCUCGUAUAACAGUCACUAAUGUUGUGGAGCUACCUACACCUUUAACAGAUAAUUCUAAACAGCUUAUUAUAAGUUUAACCGAGGAUGAAACCAGUAUGAUUUGUGUGUUCCAUGUGAAUGGCUCUCAACUGUUGCGAUGCAUACAAACAGAUUUAGUUGUUACUGAACUCUCCAUUUGUGAUAGAAUGGCAGAUGGACCGUUCACUUGUUUUGAUGGUGUUGUUAUGGCUGGCACUAGAAGGGGAGAAGUGAUCGUUUUUGAUCUCAAUAGAGCAGGUCUCAUACAAGCAAUAAAAGAUAUGUCACAAGGCUACGAACAUUUAAUUCAGAAUGAAAGUAAUCCAUCAAAUCUUACAUUUUUACCAAUGAAUGUUCUUCAACACAUUGAAGAGCAAAAAGAGCUUGCACUCGAGAACAAUGAUCAUUUAGCCGUUUUACUCAACGAUACCUCUUUGAUUGGCGGAGAGUACAUAUUCUGUAACCCAGAUGGUACAGUUCGUAUGAAAGCAAAGAUAGAUCAAGUUAGAGUGACAGUUGUUCAAUAUAUACCACAGCUAGGUAGCUUGGCUGUUGGUUACAAUUUUGGUGCUUUUCAAAUUUGGAAUUUAUUAAGAAUGGAGUUAGAGUACACUUCUCAAGUUAAUGUGGAAUGUAUACCGGUUACACAUUUUGGUUUUCAGGAGCCUUGUGAUGACCCUAGAGCAUUUUGCUAUCUAUGGGUUGUAUAUUCAGUUACAGAUAGGUUUGAAGAGGAAGAAUUUCCAUUAGCUGUUAUGUAUUCUCUAACAUAUCAUGGCAAGAGGAUGCUAUCCGACACAAAGUGUCUGUAUCAGGAAUUUUCAAUGGCCUCAAUAAGAUUCCAAGUGGAAUUGACUGCAAUGCAAGAUGCUAGUCAUUUAAUUGGGGGCAAAUGUGUUUCUUGCCAAACUUAUUCUAUUGACUCCGCUUUGGGAUCAGAAGGAGAAGAUAGUAUGUUGAACAUUUGCCAACUGGUUUGGGAGUGCUGGGGAGACAGUACCAACUCUUCUCAAUAUGGAAUGCUGCUGUUUGAUCUAGACCAGUGGUAUAAGGACCAAAUGCCAGAAACGUACCGGCUACAAAGCAAUCCGUUCAUGUCAUGCACAUGGUGUUCGGAACUGUCCGGCGCAUGCUUACUGGCCGCGCGCCUCUCCCCCGCGUCUGUGGCGCCCUACUCACACUGCACAAGGCUCGAGGAACACUUCUACCCUAACUCGCUGCAGUACCAAUGCCUCUGCCUGACCACUUCCGAGGCAUGCGUACUAGGCACCGUCGGAAUCCAGCGUCAGAUCAUCAGCUCUAUGGACUCGACCGGACCCACUGCCCUACUGAACCCCACUCGGUUAUACCGUGCUUGUCUGGCUGCUGGACUCUCACCACUGUACACUUAUCACCAUGGCCGGGAUCCGACUCAGGAUGAACAACGCCGGUUCCUGCUAUCCGUGGCCCUGGAAGGUCGGCUUUCCAGGUUCCUGAAGUGCUGCGCCCACGACUGGGCCACGGGAACAUAUUCUGGUGCUGGGUGCACGCUGCCCUUGUUGGUGGACUGGUGCUGGCAGCGAGCAGUGGAACUAAAGGAGAACGCAAAAGAUCUCACAGCACCAUUAUUUUCGUCAGCAUCUUUGCCAGAUCGGAAUGUAGUGAGAUGCUUAGAGCACUGCGUUCAACAGUUGACGCAGCUCACUGGCCUAUUGGACGCCAUACUCACUAAAUGCUGUAACCUGGUAGUUCCUGACGCUCUAAGUGAAAUGGAGGAGAAAUACAAAGGCAUCGGCACCGUCUCCCUCUACUUCCAAGUGGUUCAGUGGUUUCUACGCGUGGGUUUACUUCCGGAACGGCACGAUAGCUUCCCGGCCGUGCCGUAUCCGGCCGCGCAACUAUACGCCACUUACAAUAAAAGACGGCUCAAACUUCAGAGGUUACAAGACAAUUCGCCAGUAGAAGAUCCACCUAGUAAAUCAUGUACCCUUCUUUAUAUCGAUCAACUGAUAGAGAACGAGUUUGGGGGCGAAAGGAUACAUCAGAUGUGGAUAAAAGGCGGCAGUGAAUGUAACGGUUUAUAUCCGCCACCUUCUCUUUACUCCCUUCUGCGUCUCUACCUUUUGCCCGACAUAGCGGAGGAACACAAGCACUCGCUUGUUUUGUACCUGCUUGUCGACUAUUCGGUGCUUUACGAUCAAGUGAGAUAUGAAGCUGUGAUCCGAAGACUGAUGCAAUUCCCCACUAUGUUCGGGCUUAGCAACACUGCCAUUAAAGCCACACAGGCGUUCUGGCAUCUCGACCACAGGGAUUUUGAUUUUGCACUAGACCAGCUUCAAUGUUUGACUGGGAACACACUCUCGGAAUGGCAACACAGUGUCGUAUUAUCCUCAUUGCUAGCUCAAAGAAAAACCCAAGCGGCACUCCAAUAUUUGCACGUCAGAAAACCAGCACCAAUACAGAUGAAAGACGACAAUUCAUUCAAUAAAGUCAAUGACCACGAUAAAUUAGACGACUGGCAAUCGUGUUGUAGCUUAUAUUUGGCGAGGGGUUUAGUUUUCGAAGCCUUGGAUGUAGUCAGAAUGUGCGCACAGAACGCUGCCAGUUUGGAGGAUAAAGUGACGAUACUGAACUUCUUCUUUAAAGGUUGCCGCAACACCGGUCAGCUGUCGAAGAUAUUGCAAGUGACAUUGUUACCAUUAGAAGAGGAAGUGUUUGUAAAUUAUUUGAGGAACUGCAACGAGUCGCAAACCUCCGACAUUUUGGUCAUGUACUACUUGCAGCAAGCCAGGUACAUAGAAGCCGAACAAUACAACAGCAAAUUGCGUCACAGCAAGCCCCGCUCUAAGGAACCCUCUGGGUCCCUCGAGUCCUUAGCGGAAAUACUGGACCGGGAGGGUGCCAGAGAUACCGUAGUGGAAGUAGCUUGCGCUUCCUUGCCGGCGGUCACGGGUUCGGUUCGUGAUUUUGUGUUCAGCGAGAAGGAUAUCGAGACUCAUAUUAUUGCCCCCAAACCGAUGUCUGUAUUUGUUCAAGCAAGAUCACCUAAAAACACUUUCACAUACAAAUCUUCAUUUAUACAGGAUACAAUAGAGAAUGCUAGUGAGACGUGGAUGAACAAACCUAAGAUGAGGAAAGGUCUCAAACGGGCGCUCAAUGUUGAAGAAACGCCAUUCAUUUGCACGCCGAAGUUACAUCGGAAUAGGAGCAUACUGACCGACCAAACAGCCGAAUCUACACCGCCAAAACGUGCAAAAUUGGACCUUAAUUCUACGCCGAAAACGCCUAAAUUCGGUAGCGCUGUGAAAAUGAACGAGAGCCUCAGUAAACAACUGUCGAUUCUAUUGGACAUGCCCGAGGUCCAGAGUCCUGAAUGCAAACUAUACAUAGAAAGAUCCGGCGCUGAAACUCCGCAUAGUAUUCUUAAGGUACGUCGUGGUGAAAUGGGCAUUGAUGCCGCAUCUCCAGUGGACUCGAGAUAUUUGGGGGAGAGCGACGAUGAUAUGCUGGAAACGUGCAGCAAUCACACGCAAUACAGCGACUCCACCAACAAGCACUUAAGGUUUACAAUACCAACCGCAUCGGAAUCUGGUUCGACACCUUCACCGCCUACCGCUGCCGAUCUAGAACGUUCCAAACUAGAGAUACAGAGACGGACAGAGAAGGAAGAACACGAUACCGCUAAGGAGGAAAGGGACGACAAUACUGCCACUACAGACUCGCACGCCAUUGAACAAAAUCAUCCCUUAGAAUCUCCACCCAAAAAACUAGCUACUGAGGACUCAUUGCUGUCCAGAAAAUCGUACAAGGACACUGUUAAAGCCAGGCGUUCAUUAUCGAUAUCGGCGAAUAGCAGUCUCUCUGAUGACCCUAGCACAUCGAUAGAAAGCAUUGCAGACAUCCCUAUCACUCUAAUCAACCCCCGGUAUUCUGAGAAACGUAGAGAAGUUAGUGAGAGGAAUGAAUCUACUGUGGAGUCGCAUAUUAAACAAUCGACUGAGGAAGAUAAUAAACCACCCGAGGAAGAAAUAAAAGCUACCUUAGAAAUAUCUGUUCCUAACACUCCUAAAGGAAGAAGGGCGAUCAGAACUUCUGGAAGUGAAAGCACUCCUUUGUUAACAAGAAACAGAAGCAGAUCGCGUACACCAGUGUUGGAGUCACCUAAACUCGAACCUAUAAAAGAAUCUCCUAGUAAAUCUUCCAAUACUGAUUCUUCGUCGCCUAGCAGACGUAGUUUGAGAAGUCGAUCGCGCACGCCUGAAGUAGAAAUACCAACGGAACAAACAAGACCUGCAAGUCCUCGAAGUUUGAGGAGUCGAGCUAAAACCCCAGAGAAAGUUAUGUCGCCAAAACUAGAACAUAGUGUUAAAAGUAAAAAGUCACUCUCGAGAAUAGUCUUAGAAGCGAACGCUUUCGCGAAAACCAAAAUGAAUUUAGAGCAAAGCGAGAAAGACCAAACCGAAGUAUCAGAGACCGCUAUAGAAUGUACACCAAUGAAGACUAUUAAACAAGUGUCAAGUCUAAUGGAUGUUACUUUAUCCCCUAUUGUUAACAAAUCAGUAUUGCAGAGUUCCACAGAUAGUACUGGCUAUGAUACUCUAGACAAAGAUACAACAAAGACAGAAGACAAAAGCAUCACUGAAUUAGGUUUGAAAUCCCUUCCAGCGUUUACGACUAUACAUGAAACUUACUAUGAAAAGUCGGUUCUACAAAGCUAUCAAAGCAGCGUUGCAGACACAUCUGAAAGUAUGCAGGAAGAUAACAAAGUUGACGAAACAGCUGCAAAUGCUAGUUUAAAAUCACUUCCAGCUUUCACGACUUUACAUGAUGUAGGAUUAAAAUCAGUGUUACAUAGUUUUGAAAGCAGUACCGCUGAAACAUCGUACAGUAUCCAAGAAGAUGUAGAAAUCAAAGCAGCUGAAGUAAGUGUUUCCAAAAAGCUGACAACCUUCACGGAUAUUGUUGAAAUUAAUGUAGAGAGAUCGGUUUUAAAAAGUUGCGAAAGCAGCAUUGCUGAAUCUUCGCGUGAAGUCAAUAUUGCUAAUGUCAAGGACACAGAUAACUCUGCUUUGAAAAACAUGUCUUUAAUAACAAAUGAUAGUGAUGUUGAUAUGAAAGAAGUGCAAGUUUGGAAAACCAACAUUGAUAGUCAAGAGACAGCGUCCAUGAUACAAAAGGAGAAAGAGAGAAUAGUUGAUAUAGAAAGGGAAAUUAACGAAUUGGAAGGCGAUUUGACCGAUGAUGACACAGAUGGCAAUGAAAAUACUUCCGGUGACGAAGAAAUAGUGGAAGCGCUUGAUGAGGAUGAUAGUGAUGAGUCCAAUGAGGAAACUUCGGAAGAGGCUUCAGCCAACAGUUCCGCCAGCGAUGAGGAAAUAAUAUCUAUUCAAGACACUGAGUCAGACAAAUCAUCAAGCUCUGAUGGCCUUCAAAUCGAUGAAGAUCAAAGCUCCUCUGAAGUGGAGACGCGGAAUGCUGAAACUAAUACAGAAACUAUUGCUGAAAUUAAUGUAGAAUCUACUGCGAAAUCUCUUGCUACUAUUGAAGAGGCAGGACAGAAAGAUCCGUUGGAUAAUCCUCAACUUUCAAUAAUGACGGACGAUAAUUCCGUAGCAGAAACUGAAAAAUCUGGGGCAAAUCAAAAUGUGUGUGAUCAGAAACGUCCUGAUAGCAGAGAUAUUAAGGAGAGUACUGUAAAUAUUUCUAUGGAGAUAGAACCACCUGUUCAAACGUCCACUGUUCAAAAAAUCACCACUACACUAGAAACUGAAAUGGUAAAUGCUCCCGUUACUAAAAUUGAUGAGGUGCCCAAAGCUAUUACAUCUAUUGAUAAUAAACCAGCUGCAGAGAAAGAAUCUCAGCUCCAAUCCAAGAAAACUGACACAGUCGAAAAACAAAAGUCAGAUAUAGUCGAAAAGCAACAAACUGAAAAAAUUCUUAGCUUAAAACCAAGUGUCGAAACUGUAUCGCAAACUAAAAAAGGGCCUCAACAUGAAAGUCAAGAAACGAGAGAAAAGGUUGAAAAUUUAGUAAGUAAAGAAAAACUUGACGUGCUAAAGGGUUCAGAUCAAAAGCCUGAAAAUGAUGCUAACAAAGAAGUCGAAAAACAAACCACCACAACGAAAGCAGGCGAAACAAACAAAGAUCAAGAAAUAGAAACACAAAAAGAACUCGAAAAAAAAACUGAGACUAGUGAUCAAGAAGAAUCUAAUAAAGCUGCACCUCGAACAAGGAAACGCGUUAAAUCCACUUCCUCCAACAAAUCUUUUACGGAAGCUAAAGCAGAGGAAAUCGUUGAACCUCGAACUCCUAUCACAAGAAAGCGUACUCAAUCCAAUGCUUCUAACAAAUCUGUAGAACCCGAGCAAAAGACACCCGAAAACGAUGCCAAUACGUCUAGGAGACGCGCAAAGACUCCCACAAGCACUGAAGUGAGAAAAAUCAUAACACGACGUGCUUCAAAAGAAAUAUCAGAAAAGAUGGAAGAUUCUAAGGAUAACGUUGAUGAUUCUGUUACUGCCACGCCUAGAAGACGAUCUGCUAGGACCAAAUCUCAUAAUGAUGAUAACGAAAGUGUAGUAUCAGAGGCUUCAGUGAAAUCUACGCGAAGCAAAGUUAGUGAGGACACUGGUGAAGUGAAACCUGCGCCGAUUAGAAAGGGACGGAGAUCUAUUUUAAACACGAAACCAGACUUGUCAGUGAUUCCUGAGAUGAUAGUAGAAGAUGAGUCUAAGGGAGCUGAAGAUGUAAUUGCAGAUUACUCUAGUUCCAGAAGACUAACUCGUCACCAAAAGGCCGUAUUAGAGUCUUGGUUGGAGCCCAACGCUUCGACUCUCGCUUCGCCCCGGUCCCGGCCCUUGUCACGGGCCCGUCGCUCCAGCGCAACUUCUCGGGCUUCUGACAUAUCCCACGAAGAUGACGAUGCUUCGUCAACCGCGUCCGGGCUAGAUUCCCAGGCCAUGGAGAGGAUCAAUCUACUCAACAAGCAAGACUUCGAAGCACGAUUGGGUAGAGCCGCCUCUGAGAGCAAAACGACACCGAAAACUGUCAAAACAAUGAGAAGGAUCUCGGUAGAUAUCGCCGAAAGUCCGGACCGUGGCUCGCCAGUGCCGGGCAGUCCGUCGCGAGGCAGACGCGCGUCUUUCAACAAGGCCUGCGAAGCCCUACACACGCCUAAAGGCAGGAGGACUUCCACGGACACUAGGAAAGAGACGGACAGUCCACAAGGAUCUCCGGCCCCGUCUGAAACUGAAACGACCCCUGCCAGACGCACGCGUCGCACCGCUUCUACGCAGUCUAAUACUAGCCAGGCUAAAUCCGACGCGGGCAAGAGGUAAAUCUCCAUAAUUAUAUGGAACUAGCGGCCGCCCUCGACUACGUACGCGUGGAGUUAGUUAUUUGCACAUACUUUUUGACCCCAAAAGGGGUUUAUUUCUAAAGAUACAUUAUUAGUACACCUCCACACCAUCUAUAGAGCAUACAUGUUAAAUUUCAAGUCUCUAUCUUCAAAAACAUAGAACUUUCAUACAAACUUCCAACCCCCGUAUUACCCCCUUAGGGGUGGAGUUUCGUGAAAAUAUGUAUUAGAAAUUAAAUAUAUUAUCAAUUUAUUUGAAAAAGAUAUGCAGAUUAUUAAAUAAUUUCAACAUAGGUACGUAGAGAUGAAAUAUAUAAUAAGCAUAGGCUCUUUAAAUCUUCAAACUAAGUCGACAGAUCCGGCCAAAUAAAAGGUGUCGACUAAUGUUUUUUCAGUCAUUUGAGAGUUCUAAUUUCAGAAAACCGUAAACAAAUCCAUGUACUCGAUGACUUAAGUUAAAUUAUUAAAAACAUAUUUUUAAGGGUAGCGAAUAAUAGAACUUGUCGACCCUUGGCAUUUCUAUUCUACUCAUCAAAAACAUUCCUUUCACAUACAUUUUCUUGAUAUAUUUGAUAAAUUACAAUAACACCUAAAAUAAAAACCCGAAGUGACGUCAUAAUUUUGCAUGCGGGCAAAAUCAAAUAACCUCUAGACCUAUGGCUACUAUUGUUCAUACCCCAAAAAUGAUUCAUGUAUCUGAUCUAUAGGACUUUUAUACAGCCGGCUCUCCGACUACUAUAUAGGUAUAUUUAUUUAGAAAUACAUAUUAAACAUCCAUGACUGGAGUACAAAUACUCGUAUUCAUCACACAAACAUCUGCCCCAACCUGGAUUCGAACCCGGGACCUCUCGAGUAGGCGACACCUUGAAACCCGGCGUACAAACCACUCGGCCACGGAGAUCGUCAGUAAAUAAAAGCUUUUAAUAAAAAUAUAAGUUUAUAUGUGAAAAUUUAAGCUGUGUUAAUCAUAAUUUAUGACAUGGCUACAUUGACGUAUAAAACCAAGUAGACCCCAAUGGUUUCCAAAAGUGACGUCCUACGUCAACUUAUAAAGAUAACAUUAACACGUGUUCAAAUUAACAUUUUAUGUCGUGGCAGUAAGGUUCAAUGUCAAUUGUAUGCAGGCGAGAACUUUCAAACACUACAUUUGAAAAUUACGCACAAUAGACGAAUGUGCGUAAUUAUGCUUCCGACACUUUGAUCGUGAUCGAUCGAGUCUACUUGUUUUUAUAUGUCAAUAUAUGGUAAACAAUAAUUGGCAUUAACUUAGUUCUCCAUUGUUACAGAUCGAAAAAAACAGGACAGGACUAAAGUAGUGAAAAUUGAACAUGUAAAUUAUUCUUUUCUUUUUCUUUAUAUAAUAUUAAGCGGGUUAAAAGUGUUGCAUUUAUAUAAAAUAAAAUGUGAUAUUUAGAUAAUGUCGUAUUUAUUUACAGUUAAUGCUUUUAGUUAUUUUUCUCCAUGACUUAAUAUCUCAUUUACGUCAUUAUCUCCCACGCGUAAUUGAGGUAUAAUUAGAUCCGUAAGAAUUUUAUCUAUUAUACUUAUUUUAAGGAGAAUGGCUUACUUGGCCCAAUAUUUAGGGUCGUGCGUCUGCUCUUUAGCGUUCAGAUUAAAGAAGGGUUGAAUCCAAGGACAUUUUAAAUAUAAUUAUAUUGUCGUCUCAACUUUUGGAGUAUUUAAAACAAGCUCCAUAGAAAAUUCCCCUGCGACCGUGCGGGUUAGGCGAGUUUCGCAAUAGCCCAUAUCAUACAAGAUAUGUGAAAAAAAACCCUGUGUGUUUUGGAAGGCACGUGCAUCCGUUGGUCCGUGCUGCAUCAAAGUUGUGCCGAAUGCACUAUUGACUAGCACCAUUAAUGUUACAGACGAAAGCGAUUGGUUGAAUGAAACAUUACAGUCGUUAGUAGCCACCUAUGUGUCCUGAGCAUGCAGGGUGGGUCAAGUCCCAACUUCCCUACACUAAUAUCCAUUACUAGGCAAAUGUUUGUGUAUGAUUAGGGUCUUUGAGGCAAUAAGUACUAUGAAUUUGUUAUUUAAAAUAUUUGAUUUAAUAAUAAUAGUCAGUCACUUGUUUACAUCACUUUAAGUUUCAAUUUUAUGCGUGUUUUGCUUAUAAUGUACACAUGAUUAACAAUUUUUGCUUUACAUGCUAAUCAAAUGCCGGGAUCACUGAAAUAGAUUUUAAAAAUAGUUUACCUACUUAACAAUAUUCUGAGAUCACAAAACCUAAUCAACUCCUUAAAAGACAUUGUGAUUAUAACAUUUAACAUGUGAUAACAAACAAACAUAAUUUUAAAUAAAUAAAUACCAUUUUUUGUAUAAACAUUAGGAAAGUGUUGGGUUAUUAAAUUGUUUUUUUAGCACAGCCAAGUAUUCAAAUGUUUCUUAGAUAAGAUUGUAUAAAAUAAUUAGUUUGGAUAAAUAUAUAAUUAGCCUCUUGGUUAAGAAUUUUCCAAAAUUUUAUUAAGAAAACAUUAACUAUGAUUAAGGAAUCAUUUGAGUAUUUGACCGCUUAUAGUUACUUUUGAGUUUCACCUAUUUUUACUGUUUUCAAUGCUUUUAAGAGAUCUUAUCAAAUGGUGUGAUAAUAACAUAUUGGACUGCAAAGGUAAAUUCUUAGGCAAACCCGUAUCUAUUAGAUCUACUUUCGAUGACAAAAUUUCUUUAUAGUUGUUAUUUACUAUUUGUAUAGAAGGUGUAUCUAUGAGAGCUUUACAAAUUUCCUUGUCUUCAGGUUUCAAAGUAGAUUUCUCUGUGCAAUCUACAACUUCUCUCUUCCUUCUUACGGCAGGAUUCAGUUUUUGAUCUCCAACUUGAAUGUUGUUUUCUGCGUUGUUUUUAACAACGCUAUCGUUUGGAAUGUUUGGUUGGUUAUUAUUUGUUUGUGAGUUACCAUUCAAUGCCAAAGCUAAAGGUACGUUUUGGACUACUGCGUUAUUUGCUGGCACAUUGUUAUUCUUUUCAGUGUCCUCUCCUAGUUUAUAAGAUUGAGGUUCGUCAGGGGAAUGCGAGUGUGCUUUGACAAUUUUCUCUUGUGGUAUUGGAAUCUCUACGGGUUGUUUAUUAUGAUUAGCUUCAUUUUGUACUUGCUGAUUUGAUUGUAUGUUAUUUUGUGCGUUUCGUGUUUCGAUAUUUGCCAAGUUUAUAUUGGCUUGAGGUGGUACAGGAUUUAUAACGGGAGCAACAUUUUUAACAAUAUUUGAUGGCUCCUUAAUGUUUGAUGGAGGUAAGGCAGCAGGCAUAUUUGAUGCGACUUGAUCUGAUUUAGGGGCGGGUUGGCCUAUAUUUGCAGAGGCCUGUGGAUUAUUUGGUAUUAAUUGAUUGUUACUUAUUGCAGCUGUACCAUCAUUUGGUACAACUUCAUUAACAUUUAAGGGAACUUGUUUUAUAUUAGGUUCAUUAACAGAUUGAAUUGUCUGUAGUACAUUUGGUUGCACGUAAGCUUGUUGAUUAGCAAUAUUCUUAUUGUAUUUUUGUACAACUUCUGAGUUGCCAACAUUAGCAUUAUUUCCAUUACGGAUAUUAGAAGGAAUGUUAUUUUGAAUCGGAACCGAAGGGGGUGGAUUUCCUAUAUUUUCUUGAGUCUUUUGAUUGAUGUUAUUAUUAUUUAUGGCUGAAUUUUCAUUAUUCACUGACUGUAUAUUGGAUAAAGCAGGUAGGUUUGGUUGUUUCAGUGGCUGCUCCGGCUUUUCUUGAGUUUCUUUAAUAGCCACUAUCGAUUCCACAGCUUUCUGGGCAAUUUCUUGAACGGCUUCAUUAGCUAGUUUCUCGAAAUUGUCAGAUAUUUUGUUUUCACCCACUUGACCAGGUUUUUCAGAAGCACCGCCUAAACUUUGUAAAGCAAUGUUAGCAAUUUUCUUUAUACUCUCUACGGCAAUCUUUUUUGCUUCUGCAUGUGCUUCUUCGUCUUUGUUCUUCUGUAAUUCCUGUUUCGUCUUGUAUAUUUCGUCCAAAAUCUCUUUUUGUUCCUUAAUCAGUUCUUUUUGCUCUUCGCCGUGUUGUUUAAUGGUUUCUAUUAGUUGUUGCUGCUUGAUCAUAUUGUUUUUUUCGUCAUUUGACUGCGGUUUAAUAUCUUGCUUUAAUAUUUUCUCAUCGUUCUGUCUUUCCUUCUUUUCUUUUACUUUACUAUCGCCGACUCCAUUUACUGCUUUUACAUCAUUUUGUUUGUUUAAAUUUUUGGGGUGUGUUUCUGAGACUUUAUCCACAGUGUCUUUUAUUGGGUUUGGCAUGACAUCUUUGAUUCUAGGAGCGAUCUUAGUUUCUUUGAUGUUUUUGUUUUCAUUUUUCUCAUUGGAUUGUGAUUCUGGUGGCACAGGAUUUGGAGGAAGCACAACCGAUUCCUUAAUCGUUUCACCAUUUAAUUUCUUUAUAUCUUUGUUGAUGGCGUUGUCUGGUGGCUUAUGAUUGACUCCUGCAAAGAGCAAUAAUGUGGAGUCUUAUAUUAUCAACACAAGAUUAGAAAAGAUGAUCACUUUCAUUCUAGAUGAGAAGUGAAAGAAAAAUAUGUAAAGAGCCCAUAACAAUGUUUUCUACUGCAGAUAUUAAAAGCCUGUCAACAAACAGUGGAUAUUUGAAAAUUAUUGAAGGAAAUAAGCCGCCUACUCUCUAUUGCUUUCGCAUAAUAUGUUAAUAAUAUGUUGUUCCUCCGUGUUUCGGAAGGCACAUUAAGCCGUU